GCACUUCCUCUAAAUGAUACUCACUCUCUCACACACGCAUUCUUCUCUUUUACUGUCCCACCAUCUCUGACCGUGGGAUUAUCUAAAGACAGCACCGCGGCCAUAUCAUCAGAUGAGCAGCACUAGUGCCAUGCAGAACUUGUCAAAGCCACCUCCUCAUCUGGUGCUGCCUCAAGGAGCCGUAGCCAUGAGGAUCAAAAGCUCUGCAGGCAGCGGCGAGCGCCUGAGUCAAACCAAAUCCAUGGUUAUACCGGAUCACGACCCUGCACAGAAACCACUUAACCGACAUCGCAGGAAUCAGUCCCAGCACAACACCAGUCAAGGCGCACAGCAGCUCCAGCCUGGUUUGCAUGGGGUUUAUCUGAAUAAAACCAAGAUUUCUGAAGGAGGAAAGAAACUCAAGAAAAACUGGACAUUAGCCUGGAUUGUCCUUUCAUCGAAUGAGCUGCAUUUUUACAAGGAGAGCAAGCAAGAAGCAAUGGCCAGUUUGAAACCAGGAAAUAAACCAGAAGGAAUUGACCUCUGCGGCGCCGUCGUAGACUGGACAACAGAGAAGUCGAGUCGGAAGAACGUGCUUCAGAUAACAACAAGGUCCGGUGAGGAGCUGCUUCUGCAAUCAGAUGACUACCCUACAAUCAGUAAAUGGCAUGAUGCCAUCAAAAAAACAGCGGACAGAUCGUCCAGUGCAGACGCAGGGUCCGGCGGGGUAAAAGCCACAUUACAUCGGUCCAGCAGCACAGAGUGUCUGCCCAGACGAGGCCAUGACUCAACAAAAUCCAAAGCCAAAGAGCCGAAAUCAGAGAACAGACGCUCUCUCAUGUUCAAGCUGAACUACAGUGCCUCUGACAGCGCAGAUAAGAACGGCGUGAAGAAUCGCCUCAAGAAGUUCAUCUCCAGACGGCCCUCCAUGAAAACACUACAGGAGAAAGGCCUCAUUAAAGAUUGCGUCUUUGGAUGUCACAUGUUGACCUUGUGUAAUCGGGAAGGGACCACGGUUCCCAAAUUUGUCCAGCUGUGUGUCAAGGAAGUGGAAAAACGAGGUCUAGAAGCUGACGGCAUAUACAGGGUGAGUGGCAACCUGGCCACGAUUCAGAAACUACGCUUCCUAGUUGACCAAGAGGAGGAGCUGAAUCUGGGCGACAGCCAAUGGGAGGACAUUCAUGUCAUCACUGGUGCGCUAAAGUUGUUUUUCCGCGAACUGCCAGAGCCUCUGUUUCCCUUUCGCUUUUUCGAAAUGUUCGUGGAGGCCAUAAAAACUAAGGAGCAAAAGCAGAAGGUGGCGGGGCUGAAGAAGCUUGUCCAUCAACUCCCUAAACCCAACCAUAACACCAUGAAAGUGCUAUUCCAUCACCUGCAGAGAGUUUUGACCAAGUCACGGCAAAACCUCAUGUCGAGCCAAGGCAUCAGCAUUGUUUUUGGACCGACUCUGAUGUGGCCUGAGCUGGAUGCGGGGAACAUGGCUCUCAACAUGCUGUACCAGAACCAGAUAGUAGAAUUCAUGCUCAUUGAAUGUGUGGAGAUUUUUGGACCAGAGUCCAAGUAACAAUUGCUUAAAUAUAAAAGGAGGCAUGAUUUUAUGAUAGGACCAACAUGCACAUUUGUAAUCCGUAAAAAGGAGACAACAAAGUAAACAUAAAAGGAACGUACAGGACUUUGCUGUCUGAGAAAAUGCAUCUCCUUUUGUUGCACUUUUUUUUUUGUUUUUUUGUUGUUUUGUCAUAUUCUGGUCUUAGCGAAGGCUUAAGCCGUGUUUACUUUGUGCGAUUUUUGAAUUGAUUUUAUGGUCUCGUACGAAAAUCGUACAAUGUAAAAGAAUUCUGUGGAUGUGAGUUGAGAACAGUGUUCUUAAAAAGAUAUAAUGUGACGCGCUCACGUCCAGACAAUUUAGUACCAUUGUGAACAAAAAAGAGCCAAAAGUUCUGGCAGGGUCAGAAACGUUUUUUUUUUUUUUUUUAAUUUAAAUCUCUGUGCUACGACGCUUGUCUAAAAGUCGCCAUUAGAUGUAUGGUGUAGGUGUAUGUAAAAAUUCACAGGAUAGCUACAAAUGCAAAUAUAAAUGAAUCACAUAUCUUUACCAUUCUAAAUGCCUGGUCCUAUGAACGGUGACUUGUAUAGCUACCAUACAUGCUAACAGACAGGGAAAAAAAUAUUAGUAUUAUUAUUUUUGUGUGCGUGUGUUUUCUCUAACAUUUCUACUAUUAUACAAACGGCUUAUUUCUGUUCACGGUUAUUUUUCUUUCGGAACAAGUCCGGAGCACGUUGAUUGAUGAUGUAAGCAGAACAUUGUCAUUUUCUUUAAUCGCAGGUCAACCGCUAGAGGUGCUGCGUUGGCGAUGCCACAACCUUCCAUGGCCGUGUCAAGAGAGCGAAAUUAGCUGCGCUCUCUGGGUGGGAGGGAUGGCACAUUGUCUCUCCCUUGUCAGUCAUAAAGACACAAGCAAAUCGUAGGCAUCUGAGAAUUCUUGUAUGCAGAAGAGGACAGAUACCUCAUUCUGAAGAGUGGGUUACGCUGCCCUGUGAUGCAGACGUUGGCUUCACAUGUCCUGGAGGAACCAAGUAUUUGCCCCAUUCUCCCUGCUUGGUAGUUGUCAUGUGAUAGGGGAGAGUUGACCAAAUGGGAGAGAAAAUUGUGUGUGUGUGUUAAGGGUGUGGGGGGGAUGGGGGUAUGCUAAUAAUACUUAGCAUCCUGAAUGGAUAAAUGUACAAAACUCAGAACUCUUUUGUUCGGUCACUUAAAGGUCAAUCUGAUUUGAGAUCUAUGUCUAUGUCUUGACUUCCUGAUCAGUUUUGACUUUUUUUAGUGAAGGCUUAAGCCUUUUUGUUUACUUUGUGCGAUUUUUGAAUUGAUUUUAUGGUCUCGUACGAAAAUCGUACAAUGUAAAAGAAUUUGAUUUCAGUUUUGAUUUUUUGACGUGCAGGGAAGAAAAUGGAUUCUUUAUGUUUUUUUUUUUUGUUUUUUUUUUAAUCAUCACUGUGUCAUAAAGACGUGUGUACUCUUGUAAAUAAAAAGUGAUCUUUUUC